AUGGAGGUGGCAGCUUCGCCCCCAUCUGCAACCAUGCCCCGCUUGUCAGCUGCGCGAAGGCAUGCAAGUACUGAAGACAAAAUGAGCAAUCUUACUUCCGUGUCCAUAUUUCUGUUGCAGGAAUUCUCAGAAGUACGAGAACUACAGAUCUUGCACUUCUUUCUGUUCCUAACAUCAUACCUCACAAUCAUGAGUGGGAAUCUUCUAAUCAUUGUUGCAAUAGCCGUUGACCAUCACCUUCAUAAACCAAUGUAUUUUUUCCUAGCAACCUUGGCCUUCAUGGAUAUUGGCUCCGUUUCUGCCAUCAUACCAAAAUCUAUGGCCAAUUCCAUCAUGAACAGCAGGUCAAUUUCAUACUCUGGGUGUGUGGCUCAAGUUUUCUUCUACUUCUUCUUUGCAACAUCAGAUUUUUCCCUUCUAACUGUAAUGGCACAUGAUCGCUAUGUUGCCAUUUGCAGUCCAUUACAAUAUGAGACUAUUAUGCACAAAGGAGCUUGUAUUCAGAUGGCAGCCAUUGUGUUCUUUACUAGUCUUCUUUAUGCCAUAUUACACACUUGUGGCACCUUUGCAAUAACCUUCUGUUCUAAUGCUGUUGAUCAGUUCUUCUGUGAAGCCCCAACGUUAAUGAAACUUUCCUGCUCUAACUUUUACUUAGUUGAAGUUGGGUUCAUUCUGCUAGGCUAUAUUAUGGGGGUAGGAUGCUUCAUUUUCAUCAUCAUAACCUAUGUCCAAAUCAUUUCUACAGUGCUCAGAAUUCCUUCAGUGCACGGUCAGAAAAAGGCUCUUUCCACUUGCCUUCCCCACCUCACUGUCGUCUCUGUAUUUCUGUUAAGUGCAUCCUUUGCCUAUGCAAGGCCUCCCACUACUGCUUCUUCUGAUGUGGAUAUUGUUUUUGCUGUGAUAUAUAUAGUAAUUCCUCCCUUGUUGAAUCCAUUCAUCUACAGCAUGAGAAACAAAGAAAUCAAGACUGCUUUGUGGAAACUCUUAGAUGUUGGGCAUUCUCCUAAAAGUACAUUUAGAGUUCUAUAA